AUGAAGGUCAUCAGCAAGGCGUUUGGGAUUCAUCCGCUGACGACGGAGGACAUCUGUAUGGAGGAAACGCGCGAGAAAGUCGAGCUGUUUCGGACGUAUUACCUUGUCUGUUUCCGAAGCUUUGCGAUCCAGCCGCACAUGAGCGCGCGCGAACGACGGACGCGGCAGGGAAGCGAGGCAGCGCGACGGCGAAGCAAUUUCGGGCGCAAGGGCGAUCUUGUGCCGGUGAAUAUGUACUUGGUUGUGUUCCGCGACGGCGUGCUGAGUUUCCAUUUCCAACCGACGCCGCACCCGGCGAACGUGCGCCGGCGGAUCAGGCAGCUGCGGGACUAUGUGAGUGUGUCUGCGGACUGGAUCUCGUAUGCGAUCAUUGACAAUGUGACGGAUGCGUUUGCGCCGCUGAUCAGUGAGAUCGAGGACGAGGUGCAGGCGAUUGAUACGGAGAUUUUAGAGAUGCAUUCGGACAUGCUGCGACGGAUUGGCGAGUGCCGAAAGCAGGUGAUGAGUAUCAUGCGCCUGCUGGGGUUCAAGGCGGAUGUGAUCAAGGGCUUUGCGAAGCGGUGUAAUGAGCAGUGGGAGGUUGCGCCGCGGAGUGAGAUCGGGUUGUAUCUGGGAGAUAUCCAGGACCAUAUCAUCACGAUGGUGCAGAACCUGACGCAUUACGAGAAGUUGCUUGCGCGGAGUCACUCGAAUUAUUUGGCGCAGAUAAAUAUUGAGAUGACGGCGGUGAACAACGAGACGAACGACGUGCUCGGGCGGUUGACUAUUCUGGGAACGAUUGUGCUGCCGAUGAAUAUUAUUACAGGUCUAUGGGGCAUGAACGUGCUUGUUCCUGGACAGGAGGCGGAAGGGCUGAGCUGGUUCUACUCGAUCACCUUGGGCCUGAUUAUCUUCGGCCUCGGCUGCUACUUUGCAGCCAAGAAGGUCUACGGAAUAGCGGUAUAA